AUGUGCAUAUUCAAGUUUAUCAGUGCGAUCACAACUCGCGCGCUCUUCAUCUUCGUGUCUCUGAUGGGCAUCUGGAGGGUGGUGUGGGUGAAGCACGACCACAUCUACUGGCUCCUCACUGUCCUCUUUCUGCCGCUUGUCGUUGAAAUGAUAAUCACACUGAAGAGUCGCAAGGGACAAGAUUAUAAAUGGUUUUCUCCUGCUAUCUUUCUAUUUCUCAUCAGUAUUAUUCCCUCCAUUUGGAUCCUGGAGCUCCACCAACAGCAUGAAAAAGUCAGCAUUGCCCAGUGCAAAAAGCCUGACUUGUGGAAGAAUCCUUUAGAGGAGAUGUUUGGCAACAAGACCUGGGGAAACAUCACUAACAAAAUCUCUCCCCUCCAGGCGUCUAAAACCUGUCCCUACAACUGGAUCCUAGUUCUUCAUCAGAGCGCACUCCUCCUCCUCAUUGUGGGGAGAUGGCUCCUCCCGUUGGGAGGCGGAGUCACGCGUGAUGAGCUGUCGCAGCUUCUCAUAAUUUCUGUUGGCACCGCAGCAGACAUCCUCGAGUUUACCAGUGAGACGCUGUCGGAUGUCAAAGACAACAAUCAUCAGCUGGUCUACAUCAUCUUAGCCGUAUGGACUUGGAGCAUGCUGCAAUUCCCCCUAAAUGUGGCCGCAUUGAACUCCAAGCCAGACAGUGAUGGGAAGGAGGGGCCCAGCGAGGUCUCCCUCUGUGCGAACAUCUGGAGCAUCCUGGUGGCCUUGUUCAUCCAAGACGUGCCUUUCCUGGUGGUCAGGCUCACCGUCAUGACCUACUUUCACGUCUUCCAUCAAAUGCUAGUGUUCUUCACCAUCAAGAACUCUCUGGUGGUCACACUGAACUUGUACCGGCUGGUUGUCUUAUGCAUGGACUCGCGCAGAAGAGCCCGCCGCGGCAGCGCCAUCCCGAGUGUUUGACCAUCUUCUCACAGGGGAAUGAUGGCGAUGGAGAGCACAAGUGUACAUUUACAUCCGAGUUUGUAACUGCCGUCUCUUGUAAGUAUGUGUACAUGAGCAUGUUGGGCUAAAACCUGGUUUAAGUUGUGUAAAAGAAAGGCCUCAGAAAAACAGGAAAAUGGUAAAGUCAUGUCAGAUUUAUUUAAUAAAUCACUCAAUAGCACAAAUCAUAAACCUCCCUCGAGGGGCUUUACACUCUAACGGCAACAUAGGACACAUUCUAUCCUCUUUAACCCUAUUGUUUUUUUAAACCUGUUGAAAAAAACUGUGGGGGUCCAAGUCAAUAAAAUAUCAGAUGUGCACAUUUCUUAGCCUUCUCAGCACAAUAACAUCAACAGAUGUUAAAGCACCACUUGUGCCUCACCUACAGUAAAGUGAAGCCAGGCUGCUGUUUCAGUAAGGACAGAAUUUAAACAGUGUGAUGUACAGCGUUGUGUUGAGCAGAAGAAAGUCAAAAAGAUAUACUAGAAGACAUAAAGCCACAGGCCCAAUCCCAAUUAAGGGUUGUUGCACUGUUAGCCUGCUUUAACUGAGGGAUGUAUCUCUGUGGCAUACAAGAAACUGCUGUUUGUGUCGUUAUGCAUGUUAUAGUCAUUGUUCUAUGUUAAUGUGCUUGUCCUUAUUCACCCCAAAUAAAGCAACCCAUACCAUUAUCUGCUUUCUUUAAUUUAUUUCUCAUUAUUUCAAAAAUAUGCUCUUGGAAUAUUACUUUUACAAUAGUGCUGUAUUGGCCAUGUCAAAAGCAGUGCAACGAAACGUCUUGCGGUAAGGUCCCUGGUCCAGAGCUUGUGCAGAGCUUUAUGCACAAUUAUAUGCAAUUAGCUACUCUUUCUGUCUCUGUCAAUUGCAUUUACUUUCAUACAGAAGCAGCUUUAUACACUUAUAACACCUGAAGAUGUGGUACAUAUACAUGCAGUCUUGAUUCAGGUGUUCACAAGGGUCAUUUACAUUUUAAACAAUAGUAAAACUAGUUCUUUAAUUAAGUAAAUUGUAGCAAAUCGUAGUCAACAAAAUUGUGAGUACAUGACAUUUCUGAGUGGCUUCGUAACUGCAGCCGCUGGUGAGCAAAAAUUUUGAAUGUCAAGCACUGGACUUUAUGGUCAAACGACAAAAGGGCAAUUGUACUCCACAACAUACCUAUGAGUCAGAGUGCGCUGGCCCGACACCUCGUGGCCUACUGAGGUACUGCACCAUCUCGCCCCACUUUCUCGCUC